GGAUUUUUAUAGGUGCAUGGAAGAAAACCGGUGUUCUUUCUUCUCGUGCUCUGCUUAAGAAUGCUCUUUUUCUUUCCUUACUGUUUCUUUGAUUUGAGACCACUGUUUAGUACCUACGUGAGUAGUUCAAAUACUGUUUCUUUCUCAAGAUUCUGUUUUUCUUACAGUUGUUUGUAGUCAUUUGCGGAAAAGGAGCAAAGUUUGUUUAGUGUUUGAUCACUGUGUUUACUGUAGUGGGACUAUUGCUUGCUUCAUUUGCAAGUGAUAAGACUUUGAAAUGUUGUGUCUUUUUUUUCCAUUUUUAUGCAUAGGGAGGUUUUUUCGGUUUGUGGGUUUCGAGUAAAGAGCGUCUUUUCUUCAUUUAAGUUGGGGAACUUGGGGAUCUGAAACCAUGAGAACAUCGCUUCAGUUAGAAGUGGUUUCUUGGGCCCUUUUUCCUCUGUUUAUCUUCAUUUGUGAUUUUGCAAAUGUUUUGUGAAGUGAGUUUUGAAUAAUAUUUCAUGUUUCUGUCUGUUAGAUUAGAGGGUUGCUGAUUCUUGUUUUACCACACUGUGAAAUAGGGUUCUGAAUUAAGAGUUCUCUCUUGGAAUUUGUUUCCAGGAGGGGGCUGAAAAUCUAGUCGGGGCUUCUCCAGAUGCUUGUUGCUUAAGAGGCAAUUGGAUAUUUGAGUCAUUUUUGGUGAUCUUGGAAUGUGGGUUGAAGUUCUUAUUUGUGUUUUUCAUCUAUUUCGAGGCUAUCGCGAGUCUUGCUUUUAGAUGAGGCUUGAACUUCUCACUUUUUGUCAAGUUAUUGGAAACUCUUUGGACUUUCCUUCACUUGGAAGCGGGUGGUUCUUGGGCCUUUGUGAUUUCUGAGGCAGGUGUUCUCGGAUGUAAGUGAUGAAAAUUUCAUCACCCAGGCUUCUUCUGUUCUGAAAAAGCAUUGCAGACGCAAUCAAUCUUGUCGAAUUUUUAAUAGUUUUGUCGUUUAAAUGGGCCGUGUUUGUGCUGGUAGCCUUCUUGGGGUGCAUUAAUGGUGGCCCGAGAAUUUCUCCUGAUGACUCUCCUGAACUUGGUGUUCUUGGCUUGUUUCUUCUGUUUAUCUUCGGGUCUUGCGACUGCUUCCCGAAAUUGUCCUCCAAAUGAUUUAGCGGCCCUGAAGGAAUUUGCAGGCCAACUCAUUAACGGUUCCGUUAAAUUUGCAUGGAAUAAUGCAUCGGAUUGCUGUGAAUGGGAAGGUGUUGUCUGUGAAGAUAUUGGUAAUCGCUCAGCCACAAGAAGAGUGACAGCGUUGAAGUUGUCUGAGAAAGGCUUGAGGGGGAAGUUUUCCAAGUCUUUGUGCAAAUUGAAUCAAUUGAAAUUUCUUGAUCUUUCGCAUAAUUUUCUGGAAGGUGGAUUGCCUUUGGAAUUCUCUAAUCUGAAGCAGCUAGAAUUUCUUGAUCUCAGCCACAAUUUGCUGGUCGGACCACCAUCUCAAGCGAUUGCUGGUUUGAUAUCAAUUCAGUCACUCAACCUCUCCAGCAAUUCUUUCACAGGAAACUUCACUGAUCUUGGGAUAUUUCCUAAUCUUGUUUCGUUGAAUAUAAGUAACAAUUUGUUCACUGGCCAACUCAACUCAGAGAACUGCAGUUUCUUCAGGACAAUUCGUUUUCUGGACUUAUCGUCAAAUCACUUUACCGGUGGGCUUCAAGCCUUGGGCAGUUGCGGCACAUCCCUCCAGCAGCUUCAUCUGGAUUUCAAUUCUUUUUCUGGUGACCUUCCGGAUUCAUUGUACUUGUUGCCUUCAUUGGAGCUGCUUUCAAUCUCUGCAAAUGAUUUCUCUGGCCGGCUGAGUCAGGAAAUCAGUAAGCUUUCCAAUCUUAAGACCUUGAUUCUGUUCGGGAACCAGUUUUCUGGUCCGUUUCCUAAUGUUUUUGGGAAUUUAACUCAACUAGAACAGUUUGUUGCACAUUCAAAUAAAUUCUCUGGUUCACUACCUUCAACUUUGGCACUCUGCUCUAAGCUGCGAGUGCUUGAUCUCCGAAACAACUCUCUUUCUGGUCCAAUCGAUCUUAAUUUCUCUGGAUUGCCUAGUCUCAGUACCCUUGAUUUAGGUAGUAAUCAUUUUUCUGGUCCCCUGCCAGAAUUGCUGUCUAGUUGCCAGGAACUGAAAAUUGUGAGUCUUGCCAGGAAUAAUUUAAGCGGCCAGAUCCCUGAAAAUUAUGCAAAUCUAUCAUCUCUGACAUUUCUUUCAUUGUCAAAUAACAGCCUUAUAAACUUAUCAGGGUCGUUAUCUGUUUUGAAGCAGUGCAGAAACCUCACUACCCUUAUACUCACUAAAAAUUUUCAUGGCGAAAAAAUUCCUGAAGAUGUUAGUGGGUUCGAGAGCUUAUUGCUUUUUGCACUGGGAAACUGUGGCCUGACAGGUCGAAUCCCAAACUGGCUAUUGAACUGCCGGAAGUUGCAAGUUCUUGACUUGUCCUGGAACCGUCUCGAGGGUAGCAUCCCUUCAUGGAUCGGUCAGAUGGAGGGUUUGUUCUAUUUGGAUUUUUCAAAUAAUUCAAUUACAGGGGGAAUUCCAAAGGGAAUUACGGAUCUUAAGAGCCUCAUUUCUGGAAAUUGCUCCGCAUCUAGUCUUAAUACUUCCACUGGUAUACCACUUUAUGUCAAGAGAAAUCAUAGUGCCAGUGGCUUGCAGUAUAAUCAAGCUUCAAGUUUCCCUCCAUCCAUAUUGUUGAGCAAUAACCAGAUCAAUGUAUCAAUUUGGCCUGAAAUCGGACAACUGAAGCAGCUCCAUGUAUUAGACCUGAGUAGAAAUAACAUAUCUGGGACCAUCCCCAGCUCCAUCUCAAACAUGGUAAACCUGGAGACGCUGGAUUUGUCAUACAAUGAUCUGCACGGAUCAAUUCCAUCGUCGUUCAAUCAGCUCACCUUCCUCUCAAAGUUUAGCGUUGCUUAUAAUCAUCUUGUCGGAGCAAUUCCAACAGGGGGGCAAUUCCUUAGCUUUCCAAGCUCAAGCUUUGAGGGCAAUCCUGGACUUUGUGGAAAACUAAUUUCUCCUUGUGUUGUCAAGAAUGUAGGGCCCCGGCCGCCCAAUCCAUCCAGUGCAGAUAGUAAGUUUGGUCGAACCAGCAGUGUACUUGGAAUCACAAUCAGCGUUGGGAUUGGGAUUGCAAUAAUUCUAGCCAUUCUUCUGCUUAGGAUAUCAAGAAACGAUGUUGGAGUCCCAAUUGGAGAUGCUGAGGAUGAAAUAAACAGGGUACCUGGAUUGUCUGAUGCAUUUGGACCUCCAAAGUUGGUGCUUUUCAAGAAUGCAGAUUGCAAGGAUCUGACUGUCUCCGACUUACUAAAGUCCACAAACAACUUUAACCAGUCAAACAUUGUUGGAUGUGGAGGAUUCGGUCUCGUUUAUAAGGCUGAGCUCCCGGAUGGGGCAAAAGCUGCAAUCAAGAGACUUUCAGGUGACUGUGGACAGAUGGAACGUGAAUUUCAAGCUGAAGUGGAAGCUCUCUCCAGAGCACAGCACAAGAACCUUGUUUCUCUUCAGGGUUACUGUCGUUAUGGGAAUGACAGGUUGUUGAUUUACUCGUACAUGGAAAAUGGAAGCUUAGACUAUUGGUUGCAUGAAAGGGCUGAAGGGAGUUCGUUUUUGACGUGGGACAAAAGAUUGAGAAUAGCGCAAGGGGCAGCUCGUGGAUUGGCUUACUUGCAUAAAGAACCAAAUAUAAUUCACCGGGACAUCAAAACGAGCAACAUUCUUUUAGAUGAGAAAUUCGAUGCUCACUUAGCUGAUUUUGGGCUCUCACGGUUGCUACGCCCUUAUGACACUCAUGUAACGACAGAUUUGGUUGGUACGCUGGGCUAUAUUCCGCCUGAAUACAGCCAGACACUGACUGCAACUUUCAGGGGCGAUGUUUACAGCUUUGGAGUUGUUAUUCUUGAGCUUAUUACUGGAAGACGACCGGUUGAAGUUUGUAAAGGAAAGAACUGCAGAGAUCUGGUGGCGUGGGUGUACCAAAAGAAAUCCGAGAAGAGGGAGGAGGAGAUAUUUGAUUCAUCUAUAGGAGGUAAACAUUGUGAAAAACAACUUAUGGAGAUUCUUGUUAUAGCUUGUAAGUGUAUAGACAUGGCUCCUAGGAGAAGACCCUCGAUUGAUGAAGUUGUUUCAUUGCUCAAUGCAAUUGACAUCGGGAAAGGUUGAAAAUAAGCUUCUCAUACAUUCGAUUUUCCCCUGUGACAACUUCAGUUUCAUAUGAUUUUUAAGUGAAAAAUUUGAUUAUGAAAAUCGAGAUCAAUUACUCGAUUUUCAAGUAGUUCUUCUUAAUGUAUAGGUUUUACUCCUACGCAAGUCUCCUUGCAUGUAAAUAGAAUGAAGCUUCUUCAAAUUGAUCCACCGGUUUCCAUUUCA